CAUUAGUUCGUGACCGGUGCUGCCGCCGAUGGAUCGCUCAGGCGGCCAACCGCCGUAUUCGGGUCUAACCGUCGAAGAGUACGCGGCGCUGGCACCGCUCAUUGAAGAAUACCACAAGCUCGAGCCGACGCCAAACACAUGCACAUCGCUUAUAACGCAGCGCAUCGACGCGCCUGCCGAUGUCGUCUGGCCUUUCGUCCGGAACUUCGAGAACCCCCAGAAAUACAAACACUUCAUCAAGAGUUGUAACAUGAGGAGCGGCGACGGCGGCGUCGGAAGCGUCAGGGAAGUCACGGUGGUUUCGGGUCCGCCGGCAUCGACGAGUACGGAAAGACUGGAGCUUUUGGAUGACGAAAAGCACGUGUUGAGCUUUAGCGUCGUCGGAGGCGAACACAGGCUGAGAAACUACAAGUCGGUGACAUCAGUGAAUGAGUUUGAAAAGGAAGGGAAGGCUUACGCCAUUGUUUUGGAGUCUUAUAUAGUGGAUAUACCACAAGGUAACACCGGGGAAGAUACAAAGAUAUUUGUGGAUACAGUCGUCAAGUUGAAUCUGCAGAAGCUUGGGAUUCUAGCAAUGGGUUCUCUUCACCACUGACAGCAAGAUUGUAUAAUUUAGUUUUUGCU